GGCGGGAGCCGCUGGGUAAACACCGUGGGGGCGGGUGCCCGUCCUGCCACCCGGCCCCCGGGCGUCUGCUUGGCUCUGUCCCAGGGGCCGGGUCCUGGGGCCACUCGAGUGCAGAUCGGGGCUGACAGCCGGACCCAGCCUCCGCCAACCUCCGAGAUCGCCGUGGAACCAAAAUAGACUCUGCAGUGGGAGAGAGUCCACCAGCCGCAGCAUGUGCCCCCGGCGCCGGUCACCUGGGGAGCCCGCGGACAUGCGCCCACAAUGCGCUAAGACAGGCAGCCCAGACCUGAAGAGGCGACGGCGAGCCUGCUGAAGCCUGCGUCCUUAGGACUGGUCGAUGGGGCAGCCAGAUCUUUGGUGUCUACAGGAGCCACGGGUGCGGAGGAGUGAGUCACGAGAAAGAAGAACUAAUCCAGAGCAUGCUGACCCAGGUUGUAGAACAGUUCUCAAGAGCAUUUAAAGUCAACGAACUGAAAGCCGAAGUCGCGAAUCACUUGGCGGUGCUCGAGAAGCGCGUCGAAUUGGAAGGCCUGAAGGUGGUGGAGAUUGAGAAAUGCAAGAGUGACAUCAAAAAGAUGAGGGAGGAGCUGGCGGCCAGAAGCAGCAGGACCAGCUGUCCCUGUAAGUACAGUUCUGUGGACAACAGGAAGCUGGCGCCCCGGCGGGAUGUCCCCACUUAUCCCAAGUACCUGCUCUCUCCAGAGACCAUCGAAGCCCUGCGGAAGCCCACCUUUGACGUCUGGCUCUGGGAGCCCAACGAGAUGCUGAGCUGCUUGGAGCACAUGUACCACGACCUGGGCCUGGUCCGGGAUUUCUCCAUCCACCCCGUCACGCUCCGGAGAUGGUUGCUCUGCGUGCGCGACAACUACAGACACAACCCUUUCCACAACUUCCGGCACUGCUUCUGCGUGACCCAGAUGAUGUACAGCAUGAUCUGGCUCUGCGGGCUGCAGGAGAAAUUUUCCCAAAUGGAUAUCCUGAUCCUAAUGACGGCCGCCAUCUGCCACGAUUUGGAUCACCCGGGCUACAACAACACGUACCAAAUCAACGCCCGCACGGAGCUGGCCGUCCGUUACAACGACAUCUCGCCCCUGGAGAACCACCACUGCGCCGUGGCCUUUCAGAUCCUCGCCCAGCCCGAGUGCAACAUCUUCGCCAAUGUGCAGCCGGAGGGCUUCAAGCAGAUCAGACAGGGGAUGAUCACUCUAAUUCUAGCCACCGACAUGGCAAGACACGCAGAAAUUAUGGAUUCCUUCAAAGAAAAAAUGGAGAAUUUUGACUACAGCAACGAGGAGCACAUGACCCUCCUGAAGAUGAUUUUGAUAAAAUGCUGUGACAUCUCCAACGAGGUGCGUCCGAUGGAGGUGGCAGAGCCCUGGGUGGACUGCCUGUUAGAGGAGUAUUUCAUGCAGAGCGAUCGUGAGAAGUCGGAAGGCCUCCCCGUGGCCCCUUUCAUGGACCGCGACAAAGUGACCAAAGCCACAGCCCAAAUUGGGUUCAUCAAGUUCGUCCUGAUCCCGAUGUUCGAAACGGUGACCAAGCUCUUCCCCGUGGUCGAGGGGCUCAUGCUGCAGCCCCUUUGGGAAUCCAGAGAUCAUUAUGAGGAACUGAAGCAGAGAGAUGACUCCAUGAAGGAGAGGGAGACGGAGAGCAUGACAGCCGCGGGCACCGACAGGUCGUCGAGGGAGACAAGCAGAGAUGUGAGAGACAGCGAAGAGAAUGCUAUUCUGAACUGACGUCUCGAUGCACGUGAGACAGACAGAGGACGAGCAGAGGAGAGGCAGAGAG